GCUCAUGCAGCUGUCAGUCACAGAGAAAUCAUUGAGGGCUGGAAGCCUUUCCUUGUACCUGAUUGGCGGAGUCCUCACGGUUGGAAGCCAUGACAACGCGAAUGGACGUAAAGUAUUUCACCUCCCGCCUCCUGAUUGGCUAGCUGUCAACGUUCACCCCGCCCUCCCAGAUCAGCCGGAAGAUGGGUGACGCGCAGCCAGGACUGCUAAAUCAUGGCAACAUUUAUGGAACGGUUGUCUUUUCUGCAGAAAAUCCCCACCCUGAUGAAGGCCACAGCAGAUGAUGAAAGCCCCUGUCCUGGCUACCUCUUCCAGGAGGUUGGAAAAAUCUGCCACGAGUCAUCGGGUUAUGGCCAGUGUUUGCUGGAAUAUCUCCUAGAGAGGCUACAGGUGGAGUCGUGUCACGUCAAACUGAAGGUGCUGAAGAUCUUUAUCCAUCUGUGCGGACAUGGCUCCAAGCACUUCCUCACGGAGCUCAGAAGGAACUCCACCUUCAUCCAGCAGGCUUCAAUCUACAGCGGCGCUCCUGAUCCGAUCCACGGCACAGCCCUAUACCAGAAAGUGAGGAGUGCGGCACAGGAAGUGGCCUGCUUACUUUUCACGGAUGCAGUUUCCACCAAAGGUUGCAUCACUCCGCUCAGCAUUGGCCCUGCAACAAUGGGAAUGGGAUCAUUGGGGUCCCAAAGGUUGGGGCUGCAGGGCUUUGGGUACAGUCCAGGGAAGCAGGCGACAGGCAGUGACUCCCUGCUGGAUAAAAUCCAGAAGGCUGCUGAGGUAGUUGCCAGCGCCGUCCUUCCCCCGACUGAAAGCCAGGGCAUCCGCCUGCACGAGAACCAUUACCGAGCUGUUGUGGCGCCCUCUGCACCCAUAGAGGUCGCUGUGCCAGCCUGCGCCUACAACCUGCCCACGCGCAGACCGAAAGCGACCCUACGAUGCCCAGGCCAGGUCGGGGGUGGUUGGGAAGAGACGGACAGCAGCAACAGCUCCUCUCACAACUCUUCUCAGGACAUGGCCACCAACAGCAGGGCGUCUGCGGGCAGCAAAUCAGCUGGUACCAGGAGCCAAUCAGGAGGCAGCAGAGAAAGUAACGGGGACCUCUGUGAUCGGACCGAAGCGUUGCAGCUGGGGGACUGUGGCCAGGAGAUGGCUCUCAUCAACAGACUGACCGAAGGAUCCAAGGUCUUCCUGACCAGGGAGGAGAGCCAACACUUCCUUAAAGAGUGUUCGACCCUCAAUUGUGAGGUUGUGGUGGAGCUGCUCUCCAGCAAGCUUCAAGAUGUGUCUUACCCUGUAAAGAUGCGGGCUCUGUGUGCUGUUGCCUGCCUCAUGACCUCUGACCUUCUCGCUCUGGAGCAAACAUUCAGAGCCACUCAGCGCAGACUUUGCCAGCUCAGCGAGGGCCCUCCAGGACCUCUGGCGAACAAAGCCACCAAGAUCCUGCGGCAGUUUGAGGCUCUGAUGGGUGGACCGCUACACGCUGGCAGACAGGACGCGGCGCCCAGCAGCCAUCAGGCAACAUCUAAUCACUUUCUCCCGUCUGCAUACUUGGAGAGUUCACAGGCGACGGCCUCAGCUGACAGACACAACUCUGAGCCUCGUCGGCCUGAGCCGUCGUCCUCGGGCAUCGUCCAGCCGCAAAAUGCCCCUUUGUCCCCCUCCGGCCUGGAUGAGAGCUGGAGACGCUCGACUGGAGAGGAGGUGGACGAUUUGAGCAAAAAUGAGCUCCAGUCAGUUAGGACCGCUGGAGAUCCAAAGCUCAUCAGCGAAGGAGGUUCCUGUCUUUCCUCCGAACCACAGAGCACGCCGGCCAAUCAGAGCAGCCUGUCUCUGUUCAGCGGGAUGGAGCUGGUGACCAAGGUGGGGGCGCUGUGUGAAAGGGGCGCGCUGCACACAGAGUCGGACAAAACGGACGAGAGCUCAGAUGUGACUGAAACUGCGCGUAACUCUAAAUGUGUGAAGAAGACCUCUGUGGUGCGGAGUGAAAGCAGAGAGGACGCUCCGUCAGGUGGCAGUCCGCUCACAUCAGCGGAAAGCAAACCCGUGUCAGCUUUCUCCUUUCUCAACUCCUGACCACUUACAUGUUGAGGAUCUGAAGCUGUUGUAUGAUGAUGUCAAAUAAAUAUACUUUCAGAAAGGC